AUGAGUUCUUAACUUUCAGUAAAUAUCGUUGAGUUUAGAAGUAAAAGUUUAAACAAAAGAAAUCUUUUAUCCUUUUCUGAACAUUAAACAAGAAGAAAAUCAUGUUAUUGUAAUUACUGUGGAAAGAAAAGUCAUUUCUAACAACAACAUGCUCAUUUACCUACAUAAAAAGAAAUUGAUUUGAAGAAUUAAGUAGAUAUUUUAAGGAAAUAAAGCUUAUGUGAUGAAAUUAAGACUGAAAUUCCCAGUGAAUUAAGUCUUAUGGAUAGUGAAAAUGGAAAACUUUUUAGAAACUCAAAUCGUUCAAUAUCUAUUGUUAACAAAUAUUUCAAAGGAUAUAUGA